AUGAACCUUUCUGGUGAAGACUUCAAUUUCAAAUUCCACGCCCAAGCUGUAAACGAGUUGAGGCACACACUAGCAAUAGGCGUGAUUAAUAUGAUUCUCAGUGCCACAGCCCUGUUCGGAAACGCGGUGAUUCUAAUCACGAUUUGGAAGACAUCUUCUCUGCAUUCAGCUUCGUAUAUGUUGCUUUCAAGUCUCGCUGCAUCAGACCUUGCUGUUGGUUUGGUUGUACAACCUCCUUUCGCUAUAUUUUUGCUUUUGAGAACGACGAAUCGUGGAUUUCAUCGUAACGUGGCUUUCUUUUUAACCUUGGUGUCUUUGAUGAACAUCACAGCAAUCGCAGUGGAUCGUUUGCUUGCUCUUCAGCUCCAUUUGAGGUAUAAAGCAAUAGUGACAACAUUCCGCGUCAAAUCAGUUCUGAUUUUUAUUUGGGUGUUCGCUGCAGUUAGUGCUGUGCCUCUCGCAAGGAUAAGACAGUUUAUUUACUACAUGUACCUUCCUCCUGCGAUUUAUACAUGUCUUCUCGUUCUUAACUUUAUUGUAUAUUGUAAAAUCUAUCUCAUCGUUCGAUAUCAUCGAAGACAGAUUCAAAUCCAGCACCAUCUCCAUCAACAACAGAGUCAGGCUGAUGAUAGAAAUCUUAUUACUGGGAGACGGCUCAAGAGAUCUGCAGUGAACACAUUCCUUGUGUACAUUCUUCUUCUGGUUUGUUAUCUUCCUUUUUCAGUUCAGUUAGGAAUUCUAUUUCUCAAUCUCGAUUUACGCCAAGGCUCACCUACAGUUUUUAACGUGACACUUACAUUGGUUUUUUUCAAUUCUACCCUUAACCCUGUAUUUUAUUGUUGGCGAGAUCGCCAGAUUCGCACAGCUUUAAAACAACUGUUAAGCGGCUUAAACUGA